ACAACAUAAAAUAUCACUUCCACUCUCCUACUUCCGGCAAGAGAAACCCUGUAUCGGUGGUAAGGCAAAAAAAUGAGAGGGCAAUCGAUUCUCCGUCCAUUUCUUCUUCGUCAAGCUUACAACGUCCGCUCCAUUUCUUCGUCUUCUUCUCGGAUUCCCCUUGCUCAGAGCAACUUAAUCUCGGCCUCCGAGAAAAACCCUUCAAUCUCCAAAACCCCAUUCUCUGGUUGGACCCCUCGAAACCCUAAUCUCCUCCGAUCUUUCUCGGACUUCUCUCCAGAUUUCUUCAAACCAUCCUUCCUCGAAAACGAACCCGAACCUGUGCCUGUUCCGGAUAAUUUUGUCUCCGUUAAGACAGAAGAAGAGUUCGAUGCCGCUGUUGCCAGAAUUGAAGGCGAAUCCGUGCCGUCUGUUCUCUAUUUCACAGCUACAUGGUGUGCUCCUUGCCGGUUCAUAGGUCCUGUCAUGGAAGAGCUGGCUCGGAGAACUCCUGAAGUAACUAUUUAUAAGAUAGAUAUCGACGAGAAAAGCCUUGCUUGCAAACUGGAAGAACUGAAUGUUAAAUCUGUGCCAACUUUACGUUAUUUUAAAGAAGGCAAAAAGGAAGAUGAAGUUGUUGGUGCUGAUGCUUCACGCAUAGUUUGUACAAUGCAGAGACUUUAUAACAUGAUUGAUCCAAAGAAGGAUGAUGACUUAAAAGAUGAAAAUGAAUCAUCCAAAGAACAGGUGACGUCUGAGGAAGACGACAAAGCCUUUGCUGAAGCAAUGGAGCAACUUUGUAAAAUGAUUGAUCCAAAGUGGUGGUGGUGGUUCAAAAGAAAAGGUAGAGUAAAAGGUGAUGCCUGAUAAUGAGUUCCGAGCCUUUCUUCAAGCAAUCAAAGAAGGGAAUAAAGGGUGUUAUGAUUUCCUUAUGUUGGAUUUUAUUUUGAAGAUUGGGCAUCUCCCUUCUUCAUUUUAGGUUUCGCUCAACUGAGUUUACUGGUCGAGCUUAGAAUUUGGUUGAUUAGAAUUGUAACGUAAGAGACACAGUUAUGAUAUUUUUAUGGUACGUGCAGUUUGAUUCGUUAA